AUGGCGUCUUGGGUUUUCUUCAGUCAUUGGUUCGUUAAUUGUAUCAUCUUUCUGUUGUUGAAUGAUCUGAGUUGGAGCGGUCCCCUCCGGACGCCUGGGAACCGUCACAGAGCGUUCCAUAAAAGAGACGGUGAGCGGAUCUCCCAGUUUGUCCCUGAGGAUCUACUGAGUCAUUUUUUGUCCAGUUUGAACCUCACAGAGCAGAGGGCCCAGAGCAGAGGCCUGGUCCCUGACUCCAAGGAGCCUCCGCAAUACAUGAUGGAACUAUACGAAAGGUUUAACGAGGACCACGCUGCUGCUCCUUCUGCCAACAUAGUACGCAGUUUCAAGAAUAAAGAUUCACGCCUGUACCGUGACACAGCUGGGGGCGUACGGAUAUAUCCUCUGCUGUUUAACGUCUCUGUCCCUUACCACGAGGACAUACGAUUAGCAGAACUACGUUUCUUCAUCCAGAUCCACCAGCCUCACGGAGCACAGCAGGGUCCAGACUGCAUAGUGACCGUUUAUCAUGUGCGAGAAGGUGUGGGGUGGUCAAGAGGGGUGCAGGGGGACAUGAGAAACACGGAUAAAGACGAGGCGCUGGAGGGAAAAGAUUCCGAGGAGCUGGUGACAAAGCAUGUCAGAGAUAGUGACUGGGUGUCGUUUGACCUGACUCAUGCGGUCGCACACUGGCAGAGGAGCGGCUGUGCAGAACACAGACUGGAAGUUCAUAUCACAAACCUGGGGCGACAAAGAGCAGAAACCCUGUCGGAAAACUUGAAUCAAAGUUCAGAUAAGAAACACAAUGCUGCUAUGAUCAUUUUUUCAGAUACUCAGAGGCACGAAAAGGACGCAAAAUUGAAAUUAAGGAGUGAACAUGAGCGUAACCUUGUAGAAAACGUGGCCAGAGAAAAGCUAGAGAAUUACAACACUGAUCAUGUAAACCAGGCUGAACUGGAGUCUGUGGAGGAGCGGAAUUCUAACUUUAUCUACGACACACCCUCCAGAAUCCGCCGCAGUGUGAAGAGUGACGCGUGCAAAAGGAUGCCCUUGUUUGUGGAUUUCAAAGAUAUCGGCUGGGACACGUGGAUCAUCCAACCUCUGGGCUACGAGGCCUACGAAUGCAAAGGGGAGUGCUACCCACCUCUGACCUCUGAAGUCACGCCCACCAGACACGCCAUGGUUCAGACUCUGCUGAGCAUCAAGAACCCCGAGCGGGUAUCGCGGGCAUGCUGCGUACCCACCAAGUUAGAACCCAUCUCCCUGCUUUACUAUGAAAACGACGUCAUCACUUUUAACCAUAAGUAUGAAGGCAUGGUGGUGGCAGAAUGUGGCUGCAGAUAGUGCUGCGUAACCAUAGAGACAAUAAGACUGUGAACUGAU